UGUGCAGUGCUAUGCAAGUGUGCAACGUGCAAACAUGGGUUUUUUUGCCUGUAUCAGCGUCUGUAUGCAUUCUGUGCAAGCCUUCAAGUUUUGGCGCAACAUCUCUUUUUCUCCUAAUGCACGUUCCACUUUGGGGUUCUGGGGGUGGGCUAAAUUGUGCACGUGUGUGAAGCAUUUCUGAGCGGAAUCGGUCAAGGUUCUCAAGUGCUCCCCCCACCCCGGCCGGCUUGGUAUGAUCUACGACCUCCCCUGCAUUUCUUCCGGCAGUGGUUGCACCCAUACCACCCGGAAGUGUUUGUUUUCCCCUUCGCCGGUCAAGCUUCGCUGCCCAACAUGGAGCGGGCCCACAGUCCGACAGCUUCGGCCAGCGUUCCCACAGCCGUGCAGUCUGACCCGGCCUCGGUGACCCUGACGCAACUCCUGCAGCUGGUCCAGCAGGGCCAGGAGCUCCCGGGCCUAGAGAGACACAACAUCGUAGCGACCCAGGGCGAGCCCACGGCGUCCCGGCUCCCGCGGAGGCCCAAGCCCUGGGAGGCCACCGACUCUGUCGCUUCCCGUCCGCCGCCGACUCUCGGUAAAGGAACGGCCCCGGAGGAGCCCGGCUCGGCCGAGGCAUCAGCUGCGCCGUGUUAAAUGGCACAUGGUGGUUCCUGAAGUUCGAGGUUCUUUGCAGCUCAGAUCUGGUGGGCCUUUGUUCUGCAUGAACUGGCGACUCUGGUUACUGGCCACCGUUAUCCACCUUUUGUGCACUCACCAUGACUUGUCUCAACGAAAUCCUCCAGGGAGCAUCAUCAGGGUGGUUUUGUUUCCUUGUUUCUAGACCAUGAUCCUCAGUUAAAAACCUUAAAAAAAAUCUAGUUUCAGUUCGUAUGUGUAAUUGUAGCAAGUCUUUACUGUCUUUGACGCUUCCAUGUUUCUUCGUUUACAGAUUGCUAGUUGGGAGGCACUAACGGGAUUUGACUGUCUAGGGUCUAACAAUUCCUUAUCCUAGUAGUAGUGGAAAAGUGAAUUUGGGAUCUAAAUCACGUUUUUAGACAGCCAUUCUCCAGAUGAGUGGCUAAUAAAAGUUUUGAUCAUAAAACUUACACUCAGGAAGACUUCUGAAGAUACAUUAAAAGUGAACAAAAAUACAGGGAUGUGGACAGUGUGCAUGGUCUACCAUGCUUUAAAUACGUGAGUUUGUGUAUUCAUAGAUUUUGUCUGGAAAAAUCCCAUGAGAAACUGCUAAUAGGGAUGGGAAAGAGACCGCAGACCACUCAAAGCCUUUAUUUUGUACCAUGUGCAGUGCAAAUAACUUUACAAAAAAUUGUUAAAUUGAAAUUCCAAAGCAUAAAAAAAAAAGAAAAAAAAAAGCCAACCAACAACAAAAAC